UCCGAAUCCCAGAAUGCAAUGCAGCUAUAUGGGUUGCGUCAGAAACUGGGCUCUACUAGAUGGAGGGCUAAGAGACGAUGAUGCCGUUGACGAUGGUAUUAAUAUAAACGGUGAAGGUCUGAAAGCUGAUCUGUUUGAGCAGAAGAGGAGAAGGGCUUAAGCACUAAAGCGUCGCUGCAUCGUGUGUUUUCUUUAUGCAGAGAUGAAUGCUCCUCAACAAUGGAUUCGAAGCCUCGCCGGCUGCCGUUCACGGUCUCCAGCUCCUCUUCUCUCUCAUCGCCGCCGUCCUUCUCGUCCUCGUCGUCCGCCCUCAGCGCAGGCCGGCUCUAUGGCAGAGGGAGCGAGCGCUUCAGCCGGGGUGCCGUGGGAAAGCUAGACUCAGACUACCAGAGCCCCUGUAUUCCGGGAUCCAGCAGGGAUUACAGCUCAUCAGAAAGCUGCCACUCCAGAUGGAAGAUGUCCACGUCCCUGUCGUCGUCUUCCUCCUCCACCUCUUCUUCCUCUACAUCCAUGCUGUGCGAACGCCCGUGGAUGGAGUCAUCUUACGGAGGAAGAAGUAAACAUGUCGAGACCGGGAGAGGAUUAGGUUCAUACUCCAGUCUCCUCAGUUCAACUCAAGACGACGAAUCCAAAAGAGCCAAGCUGUCGUACACGAGUAGAUCAGCAUACAGCAGAACCCCGUCUACGUCUACAGCCAGCAACACCUACUCAAACAUGGGAGGCAUGUCAGAUUCUUUGUGGACAUCCAGCCUUAGCCCUCUGUCCCGGUCCUCUUCAUCCUCCUCUUCUUCAUCCGACGAUCUGUGGGCUCGUAGAGAUAUAGAGAAGAGGACGGACUCGGGCCUGUCUGGUCUGGGAGAGGCCAGCUACCGGCCAACACCACUGACCUCCUCACUGUACCGCCCAGAGCGUGUGACCUCCACCUACGCCCAGGGAGCUCGACCCAAAGAGAGCCUGUAUUCCUCAUCCCGCAGGGAGAACAGCUCCUCCUCCAGCCGCCGUCUUUCUUCCGACUUUGUCCCAUCCUCACAAAGGCUGGUUUCCGACUAUCAGCCGAGUCCACGUCUCUCCAGAGACUCGACGCGAAACUCCUCCAGCCUGUCCGAACCGUUUUCCCUCUCCUCUUGGAGCUCGCCCCCUUACACACCUUUAUCUGCACGCAGCUCUAGCCCACCUCUGUCCAACCCUGCACCAGUGCCAAACCCCACUUCCGAGGGCAGCGACUCGGACAGCAGAAGCACGACCCGCCGCCUGUUGUCCCGCCUCUUUUCUAGACGCUCCAGUCAGGAGUCGAGCUCUGCCUCCGGUUCCACUUCAGCCUCGAGAUCCUUUGACUCUGGGCCCGAGGAAGCACCCCCGUCUGAACCUCCACUAGCAGCCAGAGAGAGAGAGAACUCUGAGACGGAGCUGAGGAGCUCCUGGCUCAGCUGGAAUCGCUGCAACCCACUGUUCUCCCGCCGCAGAAGAGAGGGACGAGACGAGACCGCUCGCAUGGACGCCCACUCGUCUGUGCACGUCCCUCUUAGCAGCCCUGAUGGUAGCAGGAAAACCUCCAGUCAGGAAGAAGACGUGGAGGAGGACGAAGAGGAGGAAGAGGACGAUGUGUCGGAGGGCGCGGCCGCCGCUCCUCCGACCAGAGCCUCCGGACUCUCCUCCCUCUUGCAGGAAGCCGCACGUAUGCCUGGGCGGAGCCCUGCCGUCACUCGGGUGAUGACCGGACCUCUGUUCCGCAUGCCCCAGAAUGUGAUUAUAGGAUUGGACGCAGCGGUGGAUGGACAGAAUCAGGCCGAGGCACAAGAGAAAGAGAAACCUGCCCCUUCUAGAGAUCCGGAGAGACUUCGGAAGAUUCAGGAGAGCCUGCUGCUGGAGGAUUCGGAUGAAGACGAGGGUGAUCUGUGCAGGAUCUGUCAGAUGGGAGAGACCUCGAGCUUGAACCCUCUCAUCGAGCCGUGCCGGUGUACAGGCAGCCUGCAGUACGUUCACCAGGACUGCAUCAAGAAGUGGCUUCGCUCCAAAAUCAGCUCAGGCUCAACCCUGGAAGCCAUCACUACCUGUGAGCUGUGCAAAGAGAAGCUGCACCUGAACAUUGAGAACUUUGACAUUAACGAGCUGUACAGGUCUCAUGAGCGGUCGGAGUACGAGUUCAUCAGCUGUGGCCUUUACCUGGUGGUGCUGCUGCAUCUGUGUGAGCAGAGGUUCUCUGACGUGCUGGGCGCGGUCAACGAAGCCGGGUUUUUCAACUUGGCGAGAACUCUUCACGAACACAUGGACAAUCUUGAAAACUCCUACGCCGAAUCUGACGAAGAUGAUGCGCAGAACAGCAGACCAUCCAUCGACUUCGGUGACCUAGAGGACGAGGAAGAAGAAGAGGAGGAGUUUUAAUCAGAACCAAGGAAUACGGAUCGGUCUCCGACGGGCCUGGAGACGAUGCCGUACAAAAAGGAAAAAAACAAAUAUAUAUAUAUAUAUAUAUAUACUGUCUGCAGCCCUAAAGGAGGGCUUUCACAAUAUGCAGAUACACCCGUCUCAGGGGUGGGUGGGUGGGUGGGUGUGUGUGUGUCUCACCUCCCCUUAGGAUUUUUGAUUGAGUUGAAUAUUCAUUUUUUAGAUUUUUCUUCUGAAAUUUGCUGAGCACAUUAUAUAAAGCUUUAUCAAGCAGAAAGUGAAGGACUUUAAGGCACAAAGGCUGGGGUGUAGCAAAGCGAUGGAGGCUGUGGCUAACGGUUAGCAAGGCAAAGCUAAACUGAAAUCUGUAGGUGUUGUAUAAGGUGAUGAACUGAAAUUUAAUAUCAAAGAUGGUUGGAAAAAAAUAAAUAAAAAUGAAUAAAAUCCCUUUUAAUUUCUUUUUUGUUUGUGAUGAAGGGUUUUGCUUUGAAGCGAGUUUGGAUCGAAGUGUAUGAGUGCAUGGUCUGCUGUUCCAUUGUCUCAAUGUUGCUUUUUAAGAAAUGUAAUUUGUCCUGCUCACACACUUUUCUUGAUUAUUACAAUAAAAGUUUUUUGAUGUACGGAGGUACAUCACACGCA